AUGCGUGUAAUCUUUACGUUUGUUUUGUGCUUAGCCAUUGCAUUCGCUGUGCCAUCUCAUCCAAAUAAAAUAGUGGGUGGUUUUCCUACUAAUAUCGAAAGCUAUCCUUCUAUUGCGGCGCUUCUCUACACCAGGAAUGGUCAAACAUAUUUUCAGGCUUGUGGUGGGACCAUACUCACUACCAAGGCCAUUCUCACUGCAGCUCACUGUCCUCAUGGCGACGCACCCUUCAGAUGGCGGGCCCGUUUAGGUUCAUCUAGAGCCAACAGCGGCGGCACGGUCUUUAACUUCGCUUCAAUCUCUAUACACCCUAGCUUCAAUCCUAACACGAUGAACAAUGACGUUGCUAUCAUGCGCACGUCCAGUAACAUAAACUACAAUAACGCAAUCCAGCCAGCUUCUAUAGCGAGCCCUAACUACCAUCUAGCUGAUAAUCAGGUAGUGUGGGCUGCUGGCUGGGGUACUACCUACGUAAGUAUUAAAUAA